GGUGCUUUGUGGCUCAAGCCUCGGUUCGGCGGGUCCUUCUUCACGCCGUCCCCGCGGGUGUGGCCUGCUGAAGGGUUUCCUCAAGGGGCAGGGGUGGCUCGGAGGAGGAUGGAAGGCCUCUAGGUGCUAGUUGUGUGGUGACCCUGUGCUGGUGUCCCCUUGAGCUUCACGGGCUGGAGUUGUGGGGCUGGAGCGGGAGAGCUUGCACUUCACUGUUCGGAGCUACUGGCCUCUUCCUUUUCUAUUUUAAGGGGUGUCUUGAUGUUUAAGGGGAGUCUUCAUCCCAUAGAUGAAGUAGGCUCAGCCUUGUACCCUGUGGCAUACCAGCUUAUUGCCUGGUUUGGGGUCCAUAAUAACUCUGUGUUUUUCUCUGUCGUGUUUCUAGCUGGAGGAGUCUUCACUGUAGCCCAUGUUACCAUGGCCACCCACUUCUCCAAGGAUCAGGAGGAGAGAAUCAAAUAUGUUAAGGGAGACCUUUUCUCCUGCCCCGCGACGGACGCGUUGGCUCAUUGCAUCAGCGAGGACUGUCGCAUGGGUGCAGGCAUAGCUGUUCUUUUUAAGAAAAAGUUUGGCGGCGUUCAAGAGCUGUUGGAUCAACAAAAGAAGACUGGGGAGGUGGCAGUUCUCCAGAGAGAUGACCGAUACAUUUACUACCUGAUUACGAAGCAGAAAGUUUCUCACAAGCCGACGUACGACAGUAUGCGACAGAGCUUAGAAGCCAUGAGAGCCCACUGUCUGAACAAUGGGGUUACUGACAUUUCCAUGCCUAGGAUUGGGUGUGGACUUGACGGCCUGGAUUGGAAUAAAGUUUCAGCAAUACUUGACCAAGUGUUUGAAGACACAGAUAUAAAGAUCACAGUUUACAGUCUGUGAGCAAAGGAGAUCAAAGAGAGCCCCUUUUUCCCCGCUUUCAGGAGUGGAGACCCGUUAACUGAUGAGGGGAAACUGCAUGCUCAGCACAUCCUGCACCUGAGCGUCGCUCACUCUUUUGUUGGCAGUGGCUUUACCAACAACAAAAAAAAAAAAGCUCCAGAGCAGCUGAUUUGGGAUGUUGUGUUCAGGGAGCCUGUGGAGAAGGUGGUGUGGUGACCCUCGGGGGAUUUCCAGUCUGUCCCAGCAAGCCACCAGAUGUCACUGGUCCUCCACAGAGCUCUUGCCUUCGCUCGGGCUUCUGCUUGGAGCUGGCAGUGCCUGUGCAGACUGAAACCGGAGCUGUCUCUGCUGAGGUAUUUGUUGGUUUGUAGUUUCGGUUGGUAACGAUGAGCUGUGGAGCCCUGUCACCUUUUUUUUUUUUUUUUUUUA